GAGAAUCAGAAGAAGCUGCAGCUGCAGGCGAUGGCACUGGAGAAGCAGGUUGGAGGUCUGACCCAGGAAAGCACGAACCUACUGAAGGUGCGACUCGCUGAGCUGGGCAUAGUGGCGUGCACACCUGCAGAUCUACUUGCCAAGGCGAAGGAGAUAGUUGCCAAACACAAAGACUUGCAACAGGAAGCUUCGAAGCUACAGACUACCAUUAACGGCCUGGAGCUCGAUAAUCAAAAAUUGCUGCAGCAGCGGCAGCAGCAGGACGACAUGGCACCACGGCAGCAGGAGAAGCAGCAACAGCAAGCAAGGGAGAAAGAGAAGGUUAAGGAGAAGGGUAAGGAGAAGGAGAAGGGAAAGAGGAACGGACAGCUUAACGGCGUGUGCCCCCCUCCCGCUCUCGACACGACGACCCAAGAGUUCAUCGCAAAGGAGAUGACCUCUGUGAUGGAAUACCGUAAGAAGCUGUUUGCCAAGGUCGGCCGGCUGGAGUCAGAGGUCAUGCUACUGGAGAAGACAACACAGGAGAACAGCGAGAAGGCUUCGGCCUCUAACCGCAAGCUGGGAAAGUCCUCCUCCUCUUCCCCGCCCUCCUCCUCUUCCUCUUCCGUCUCCUUCCCCUCCCCCGCGGCGGCUGCUGCCGACCAGCUAACGACGGUCGCGAUGUUUGCUACGUCGGAGAAAGAGCUGAGCGUUGAUCAGCGUCACGAGCUAUACCGCAUGAGCGUCUCCACACCCCUGACCUUCCCUCUCCCUCUCCCUCUCCCCCUCCCCUACGCGAUGGGCUUUCCCUUCGUGAAGACGGAGCCCCGGAGUCCGCGGGGGAGGUCCCCGAAGCGGGAGCGCGAGCGGGAGACGCGGGAGCGAGAGCGGGAGAAGGAGGAAAAUCUGAAUGCGUUUGAGCAGCGAGUGAAAAGCAUCAUCAUGCACACGCUCAACGAACCGGCGCCGGCGCCCCCCGGUGGCAGGCGUGCCACGCGAGAGAAGUCGCAGCGCAAGGGAAGCACGUCCAGCGUGGGAUCGAGCUGCAGCGACCCCACCUCUCUGCCUGACCCCCUCCCCCUCCCCAUCCCCACGCAGCAGCAGCACCAGCAGAGGGCGCUGCCGAUGUUUGCGACUCCGUUCGCGGCAGACGCGCGAUCGCUGCUUCAGGCGUGCGAUACUCCGCCACCGGCGUCCGUCGCCCCGGCGAUGCGACUGGAGAGCGUGUCGCCCGCGGCAACCGACCGCGAUGUGCACGAGUCUGCGUCGUUGCCGGCGGCGACCGCGUCGGCAUACGCGAUGAAGCCGGAUUACACGAAGUCUUCGCCCGCGAAGCUGGCGCUGAAGCGGCAUCUCAGCGAGGAGGCGUCGUCAGGGAGACGCGAGGGCGCCACCGGCAGAGGCUGCCGGGGCGUUGCCACGGCGACCGACUUAGAGCCGGGAGAGAUCGUCCGCGCACCGCCUGCUGGUGGCUCCCUCACGGCGGCGAAGGAACGCCGCCUCUCGGACGCGUCGUCUUGCUCCGACCCCGAGGUCAGGGUCAAGGUCACUGGGUCCGGUCGCGGCGGGGCGGACGGUGGCUCCCCCGCGGGGGAGGCGGAGAGCGAGCGUCAUGGCGGCGCUGCAGCGACGCGUUAUAACGGAGUGAUGAAGGGAACGCCCGUCGUGCAGCUGCUGCGCCUAGGUAGCGGUGGCGCCCCCUCACAGCGCAAACCGGAGGGCGACGACGACCGCAAGGAGAGGUCGCCGAAGAGGAGGCGUGGCGGGAAGUCCCCGAGCCGGGGAGGAGGAGGAGGAGGAGGGGGAGAGGGGAAGAGUCCCAAGCGACAGACAACGGCGGAGGCGGUGGCAACGAUGAUGGACAAUGCAACGCGACCGCUCGCCAUCACCGCCAUCUCGUCGCCCGACAGCCCCCCGAUACUCCUGUCACCGGCCGAACACGCAGCGCCCCCUGCCGCCGUCGUCGUUGCAGCAGUGAGUGCGGGUGAUUGCGUGAAGAAGGAGAAGGAGGAGGAAGAGGAAGAGGAGGAGGAGGAGGAUGCAACGUGUGUGAGCAACGCAGGAGCAGAGAGCAGCCGCGAUGCCUCGGACUGUAGCGAUCGACCAGGAACAGCAGUCAGCAGCAGCAGGCAAGCCGCGGAUUGUGGAGGAGAGCGGGAAGGGCAGACCGGCCGCCUCAGCGACUGA